UCUUGUGCAUAUGCUUUAAAACUCUCCUUAUAUACAUAUGUGUAUAUAAUGCAACUUCAAGUAGAACUCAAUAGAAGAAAUGAUGAUGAAUCUCUCUUCCUCUUCUUCAUCAAUAGUACUACCAGACUCCGUGAACCACCAAACCCAGCUAAUGCUUCAACAACAAUUGCAAUUGAUUGCUCACAGCUUUCCUCCUGAGUGGGGGGUUUACUCCAUAUAUUGGCAAGCAGAGAAAGACUUGAAUGGCCACCUUGUUUUAUCAUUCUGUGAUGGUCAUUUCAAAGGCAACAAUUCUGGCUCACUCCAAGACUGUGAAAGGAAUUCAAGAAAUCAACAACAUGUUGGAGUGUCAAAGAGUUAAGGAAGCUCACAUCCAUGGCAUCGAGACACUGGUCUUUGUUUCCACAACAUCUGGUGGAGUUGUUGAAUUGGGUUCCUCAUAUUCAAUUGAAGAAGACCCGGUUCUUGUGCAACAAAUCAAAUCAAUGUUCCAAAUCAAGCACAUCAACACAUCUUCAUUUGGUGUGCCAUAUAUUGAUUUAUUAGAUAUUACUAAUAAGUCAUAUUCUUCUGAUUCUCAUCAUCAUAACAAACAAAAUGUUAUGUCCAAUAAGAAGGGGAGAAGGGCAGUAAUGAGUCCCAAGAAAUCACCAAUUGAGGCGGAGAGGCAGCGGCGAGAGAGGCUAAACGGCCGUUUCUACGCGCUCCGAUCGGUGGUUCCAACUAUUUCAAAGAUGGACAAAGCAUCUUUACUUGCAGAUGCUGUGGCUUACAUUCAGGAGCUCAAGGCCAAAGUUGAUGAAUAUAAGGUCAAGCUUGAAAUAUUGUCAUCACAAAGGCCUAAUUUGAAAAAUUACAAUAAAAGUAGUAGCAAUUUUGAUCUUGAAGAGUCAUCGAAGGCAAUGGAUGUGGAUGUAAAGAUUAUAGGGUCUGAAGCCUUGAUCAGAGUUCACUGUCCGGAUGUGAACAACCCGAUCGCGAGACUGAUGGAUAUGCUUAGAGAAUUUGAGUUUCGAAUUCACCAUGCGAACAUAUCUAGUGUUGAAGACAUGAUGCUUCAAGAUGUUGUGGUUAGGGUUCCCGACUGGUUCAUGAUGAGUGAGGAAGCUAUGAAAAGUGUUGUCCUUCAGAGGCUAAAAGCACAAUUAGGCUAAUAGAGUUUAUAUGAAGUUUCACAUCGUGUCAUAAUAGAGUUGAUAGUAUGAACAAACUUUUCACUUUUCACAUUUUUAUCCAAUUUCGAAUAAAAUUUAAUCUUUUCGCAUCA